ACCUCGGUCGUCAGCACUACGGCUCCGGACACGACUACCUCGGUCGUCAGCACUACGGCUCCGGACACGACUACCUCGGUCGUCAGCACUACGGCUCCGGACACGACUACCUCGGUCGUCAGCACUACGGCUCCGGACACGACUACCUCGGUCGUCAGCACUACGGCUCCGGACACGACUACCUCGGUCGUCAGCACUACGGCUCCGGACACGACUACCUCGGUCGUCAGCACUACGGCUCCGGACACGACUACCUCGGUCGUCAGCACUUCGGUCGUCAGCACUACGGCUCCGGACACGACUACCUCGGUCGUCAGCACUACGGCUCCGGACACGACUACCUCGGUCGUCAGCACUACGGCUCCGGACACGACUACCUCGGUCGUCAGCACUACGGCUCCGGACACGACUACCUCGGUCGUCAGCACUUCGGUCCUCACCACCACUGCCCCCGAGACGACCACCUCGGUCCCCACCACCACCGCUCCUGAGACGACCACCUCGGUCAUCACAACUACGGCUCCGGACACGACCACCUCGAUCCUCACCACUACAGCUCCCGAGUCGACCACCUCGGUCCUCACCACUACGGGUAUCGAUACGACCACCUCAGUCCUCACCACUUCCGCUGCCGAGACGACCACCUCGGGCAUUACCACUACCGCUCCUGAGACGACUAGCUCGGUCCUCACCACUACAGCUCCCGCGACGACCAGCUCGGUCCCCAUCACUACAGCUUCGGACACGACCACCUCGGUCCUCACCACUACCACUCCCGAUACGACCACCUCGGUCCUCACCACUACGGCUCCUGAGACGACUACCUCGGUGCUCAUCACUACAGCUCCCAAGACAACGUCCUCGGUCCUCACCACCACUGCCCCCGGAACGACCACCUCGGUCCUCACCACCACUGCCUCCGAGAUGACCACCUCGGUCGUCACCUCUACGGCUCCAGAGACGACCACUUCGGUCCUCACCACUACGGCUCCGGAUACGACCACCUCGAUCCUCACCACUACAGCUCCCAAGACGACCACUUCGGUUCUCACCACUACGGGUCUCGAUACGACCACUUCGGUCCUCACCACUUCCGCUCCCGAGACGACCACCUCGGGCGUCACCACUACCGCUCCUGAGAUGACCAGCUCGGUCCUCACCACUACGGCUCCCACAACGACCAGCUCGGUCCUCAGCAGUACAGCUCUGGACACGACCACCUCGGUCCUGACCACCACCGCCCCCGAGACGACCACCUCGGUCCUCACCACCACCACCCCUGAGACGACCACCUCGGUACUCACCACCACUGCCCCCGAGAUGACCACCUCGGUCCUCACCACUGUGGCUCCAGAAACAACAACCUCUCUCCUCACCACUACGGCUCCGGACACGACCACCUCCGUGCUCACCACCACCGCUCCUGAGACGACCACCUCCGUCCUCUCCACUAUAGUUCCGGACAUGACCACCUCGGUUCUCACUACCGCCGCCCCUGAGACGACCAUCUCGGUCCUCACCACCACAGCCCCUGAGACGACCACCUCUGUCCUCACCACUACGACUCCCGAGUCAUCCACUUCGGUCCUCACUACUGGGGCUCCACGGAUGACCACAUCGGUCCUCACCACUGUGGCUCCGGAGACAACCACAUCGGUCCUCACCACUGGGGCUCCGGAUACGGCCACCUCGGUUGUCACCACAACCGCGCCAGAGAUGACCACCUCGGUUUUCACCACUACUGCUCCAGAGACCACCACCUCGGUCCUCACUACUACUGCUCCGGAGAUGACCACAUCAGUCCUCACCAGUGCAGCUCUGGAUACGACCACCUCGGGUCUCACUGCUACCACUUCAGAGACGGCCACCUCGGUCCUCACCAGUAGUGCUCCCGUGACGACUACCUCGGUGCUCAUCACCACGGCUCAGGAGACGACCACCUCGGUCCUCACCAGUACUGCUCCCGAAAUGACCACCUCAGUCCACACUAGUACGGCUUUUGACACCACCACCUCUGUCCUCACUACUACUGCUCCCAAGACGACCACCUCGGUCCUCACCACUACGGCUCCAGAUACGACAAUCUCUGUCCUCACCACUAUGGCUCCAGAUACGACCACCUCAGUUCUCACCACGACCACUCCCAAGACCACCACCUCGGUUCUUACGACUACGGCUCUGGAGACGAUGACCUCCAGCCUCACCCCUACGGUUCCAAACACGAGCACGUCGGUUCUCACUACUACCGCUCUUAAAACAUCCACCUCCACCCUAACCAUCCCCACUACACCAGACCCUUGCAACCCUGAUGUAACCUCCCCCACUUCACCAGAGCCGUGCAUGCCUGAUAUAACCACCCCCUCUUCACCAGACCCUUGCAUUCCUGAUAUAACCACCCCCUCUUCACCAGACCCUUGCAUUCCUGAUAUAACCACCCCCUCUUCACCAGACCCUUGCAUUCCUGAUAUAACCACCCCCUCUUCACCAGACCCUUGCAUUCCUGAUAUAACCACCCCCUCUUCACCAGACCCGUGCAUGCCUGAUAUAACCUCCCCCACUACACCAGACCCCUGCAUUCCUGAUACAAUGACCCCUGCUAUACAUGACCCCUGCCUCCCCGGUACAACCACUUCUACCGCCCCUGCAGCCACUACCAUUCCUAUGUGUUCUGUGACCACCCCGGAUACCAAUGACCACAUCUGUGGAGGUACCUCUCCUCUGGGGACAUUCUCGUUUGCUCUCUACCUGCCGGCCCUUGCUGGACUGCUGCUGGUGAACCUGCUCUCCUGA